AUGUCUGCACAAAACGGAUCCCCUCAGAAGAACGUCGUUCUCAUCACCGGUGCCGGAGGAUGGCUCGGUGGCAUUCUUGCCGGCGAGCUCCUGUCUGACCCCAAAACCCCCGAUGUCCACCUCAUCCUCGCCGACAUUGUCGAGCCCAAGGCUCCCAAAGGCGCCAAGAACGUCAUCUGCCGCAAGGCCGACCUCUGCGACCGCAAAGAGGUCGAGUCGCUGUACACCACCGAGUUUGGUGUGCCCGACACGGUCUACUGUUUCCACGGUAUCAUGUCGCGGGGAUCAGAGGACAACUUUGACUUGGGUGUAAAGGUCAAUGUCGACUCCAUUCGUGAGAUGCUCGAGGUGUCACGGGCAAACCGCCCAGCAUCGGGCGAGCCCAUCCGCUUCAUCUUCACCUCCUCCCUCGCCGUUUACGGUGGACCUCUCCCGGACGUCGUCACUAUCGACACCAUUGCCACUCCCGAGGGGUCAUACGGUAUGGGCAAGCUCGUCGCCGAGAUGUUUGUCAAUGAGUACACUCGUCGCGGCUUUGUCGAUGGCCGUAUCCUCCGUCUCCCUACCAUCGUCGUCCGCCCCGGUGUCCCCUCCGCCGCCACAUCCGCCUUCAUCUCGGGCAUCAUCCGGGAACCCCUCCACGGCGUCGAGGGUAUCUGCCCCGUCGGAAAUGGCAUGGACUCGCCCGAGCUCAGCCUCUCGGCUUGGCUCGCCAGUCCCGAGACCACCAUCAAGAACUUUGUCAUUGCCAAGCACGUCCCGGCCGACAAGUUCCUCCCCCAGACCCGCGUGGUCUACCUCCCUGGUUUCACUGCGAGCGUCAGAGAUGAGCUCGAGGCGCUGGAGAAGGUUGCCGGGCCAGAAGUGUUGAAACUGGUCAAGUUCAAGGAUGACCCCAUCAACCGUCGUAUUGUCGGCUCAUGGCCCGCCAAAUUUGACAACAGCUACCCCUGUGGUUUGGGUUUCGUGGCGGACGAGGGAGGGAUGGUACCUAUUGUCCAACGCUUCAAGAACGCUGUUGAGGCUGGUCUCGCUUAG